CGGCAAAAAGUUUUAGCAUGGGCUGAAUUUGCGCUAAUGGAAAAACAAGUUUGUUUUGCUUUACACAAAUUAUGGUGCUAGAUUUUAUAUUGAAAUUUUACGGUAGCAUAUUCCAGAAAUUAGAAGAAUGCUUGGUAGAAGGUGGAUGUUCCAACAGGAUAAUAAUCCAAAGCAUACACGUUCCCGAUAUUAUUGAUUGGCUUUCAAACAGCCCAGACCUUAACUCCAUUGAAAAUUUAUGGAGUAUUGUUAAGUAUAAUGUGGAAAAACGUAUGCGCAAAAUAUUGAUGAAUUGAAACAAUUUAUGGCUGAAGAAUGGAAUAAAAUUCCAGAUAAAAGCUCUAGUUUUAAACUUUCAAACAAGUUAUUUAUGUUAAAAUUGAUGCAUUAUUGUUGGUUCAAUAAGAGUUUUCAGAGAUCAAUUUUUUUCUUAACACACUGUAUCCCUUCAAGAUAUGAUAUCACCCAAAAUAUAUCAUUCAUUUACGAAGAACCAAUUAAUGGUCUAAAACUUUACACUACUUUAGUCACUGUUGAUUAUUUGAUGAUUUGGAUGGCCUUUGAAGAUGAAGAUCCAGAAUGCAUGUUACCUUAUUUCCAUCUACGAAUAAUAAAUAAAAUAACGGGACAAACCAAUUAUAUAGAUCUUAAUUAUACUCUUCCCGCGGAAGCAGUUUACCCCAUUAAUAUUAACCUUUUACCUUUAACUGAUAAUUAUAUGAUGUUGUUUUAUGAUAAAACAACAAAUGUCGCAAAAGGACCUGGAAGACACACUAUCGAAGGCGGCCGAAAAGGAGAUGGAACAAAAUGGACUUUCGGACUUUCAAGGAGAUUCGGACAAAAUUCAAGGUCGUAUGAAUGGAGCUUGGACAGGCUUUUAGAAAAGGAGGAGAAUAUGAGUAGAGAAGUGAUACAUCCCUCGGUCGAACCUGAGGAAGUAGUAAACGUUGUCAACAACCUUAGGAACGACCCUCAAUCACGUGAUCCGGAGAAGGCAGACGACGCAAAAAAAGAAGAAUGCAUCGAACGUCUUGUCAAUAAAUCAGAUAAUUACGAAUUAACAGAGGAUGAUGUGGUUGAAUUCAUUAAUGAAUAUAAAGAGAUACAAUACAAAGGAGCGGAGGAAAUUAAUCCACAAUUUAAGCCAUAUAGCUCUAAUCGGAUUCCAAGUAAAGAGGAGGUAGAAGAGUUUGACGCUAAUAAUGAGAAGAUGAAGAAACGUCUUGCGAAAGAAGACAAGACGAAAAGAGUGGAAAUCGAAAACCAGUGGACAGGCCAAAGAAGAUAAGGGCAACUGAUAACGAAAAGGUUUAGUGUUAUCGAGUGUUUAAAGGGUAGUAAGUUUUUAGGAUAGUUUUCGUAAAUGCGGGUUUUUUGCUAGAUAUCGUAGAUGGUAAUUUUUUACAAAAAAUGUACGUAUGUACCACGAUGUCAAAUUUAGCUAACAAAUGACCAUUUCAAAUUUGUUUUUAUUAUUUUUGGAGGGGUUAAUUUAAUUCUAAGGUUCAACAGUAAAAAAGGUGUAACUGUUAGUUUUUACAAUAGCCGAACUAAAGGAUAGGCCGGUAACAUUGUUCAUAGUUAGGAAGAAUAACAAUGGCGUGGUAUGACAGGAGUGGCAUCUAUUUGAUGUGCAUAAAUGUAGGUUAUACGGGUUUGCCGGUGUAAGUUCUGCAUCCUAUACUAAUAAAAUUCGGUAAUAAAUACCAUAAAA